UAGGUAAAAGCCAAAAGAUGCAUUUAUUUAUUUAACCUUAAUUAACAAGAAAAUAAGAUAAUCUGUUGAGCUCAGAUAACAUUGACCUCCUCUGACGAACAUAAUCCGAAACUCGACCCCCCAGGAAAAACCGUCGUCUACGGGGGAAAAAAUCUACCGACCGACUCCGAUUAUUUUUCUUGUUUAGGAGAAGCUACGACCCGGUCGAAGUGCCUGCGUUGAACACUGCGUCUGUUUCAGUGCAAAUGGAAAGGAGAAUUUGGUUAAAGACGUUUAUUUUCGUAUCUAUAUUUCUGCUCUCACCCGGAAGAGAAUUUAAAAUCAGUGCGAGGUUCAAAUCUGAUUUGGCAGUUUAUAACCACACCCUCGCCAUGAUCUUGGUGGAAUAUGCUGCAGCAGUCUAUAUAACAAAUACAAUUGAACUCUUUACUUGGACUUGCUCCAUUUGUGAUGGUUUAACCAGGGGAUUUGAUAUGAUUGAGCUGAUUGUGGAUGUCCAUUACUGCCUGCAGGCAUUUGUUGGAGUGGAUCCUAAUAUUAAUGCUAUUGUUGUUGCAUUUAGAGGCAGUACAAGCAGCAUACAAAACUGGGUUGAAGAUCUAUACUGGAAGCAGCUUGAUUUAAAUUAUCCAGGAAUGGAUGAUGCAAUGGUGACUGCUAUCCCAAAUUGUGCAUCAUGGAUUUUAUAAUUGUUAUAAUGAUUCCAAAAUUCGUACUGGGGUGUUAAAUGCUGUUAAAGAAGCCAAAACAUUCUACAAAGAUUAUCAGAUUAUGGUGACAGGACAUUCAAUGGGAGGUGCAUUGGCAUCCUUCUUUGCGCUGGAUCUCACUGUCAAUUUUGGUGCUGAAGAUAUUCAAGUUAUGACAUUUGGACAGCCUAGAAUUGGCAAUGCAGCAUUUGCAUCCGGUUAUAGCCAGCGUGUGCCAAACACUAUCCGUGUCACACAUGGUCAUGAUAUUGUGCCUCAUUUGCCCCCAUAUUUUAGUCUGUUUCCUUCAAAGACGUACCAUCAUUUCCCUUUAGAGGUUUGGCUUUAUAAUUUUGGUUUUGGAAGUUUAGUUUUUGCAUCAGAGAAGGUUUGUGAUGGUUCCGGGGAAGACCCAACUUGCAGCAGGUCAGUGACGGGGAACAGUAUUUCAGAUCACCUCUCAUACUAUGGUGUUCAUCUAGGAAGUGAGGAACCAAUUUCAUGCAGCAUUGUCAUUGACCCUCGUAUUGCUAGUUCUAGGACACAAAAUCUUAUUGGGAACGUGGUUUUACCCAAGAUAUCAUUGCUGGAGUCAUAAGAAUGUACUCAGAUAUUGUUUACCAGAUAUAUCAUAUAUGUAACUGUAAAUAAGAUUUGGCUGAUUACCUUCUGGCCCCAUUGCAUAUGCGUAAUUGCGUUGUCGUCUUUAUGCCAUGGUAGGUCCGAAAAUUAUUUUUUACCGCAUGUAUAUUUGUAUUUUUGGUUUGAGAAAGAAAUUAUACUAAAAUGAAGAAAAUAUUUCCUUG